AUGAACGAUGUUUCAACGACUUCAAACGGGCCUGGCAGGAGAACGUCUAUGUCAAGACGGUCACCGUCGAUUUUGGUUACGGAUGCACGGUCCUCCGCUAAGAGAAUAAGUGCACCAUUUGCGGGGCAUGCGGCCGGAAUAAGAGGCGGUAAGCCCUCUAGACCGGGAGCCAAUGGUUUGGAAACACUUCGAAGCGGUCCCACUGGCCCAAGAACGACUUCUGUUCGCCGUGGAAGUGCCCAUAUGAGCUCUAGCGAUUUGCUUCCGGUUCGACGCUCAGGCAGCAAAACGAAGCUGCGACAACAGGGUAAGUACAGUGACAUUUCCAUCGACAACAUCUUAUCAGAUCUAUCGGAUGUUCCGUCUGGCCGCAGGGAAGAGCGACUGUCUUCAUCCUCUCACGAUUUCAGCAUUUCGUCAGGUGGAAGGUUUGCACGCUCAAUGCAGCAUUCAAAAAUGAUCAAUCCAUUGCCUCCAAGAACUUCCAAAACGUCCAAAAAGUUGGUUCUCAUUCCCGAAGGAGAGGAAAAAAAGACUAGUUCGCAGCAUUUGGACAGAAAAUGGUCUUCUCGUACUUCUAGGUCAUACUCCGACAUAUCAUCAAAUGUGCGAGACGACCUUUCACGCAUAACUGCCUAUAACGUUGCCGAAGGCUUCAAUACACAACUUGCGUCUGCAUUCCUGAAAUCUACGCAUGACGUUUCACCCAGGUUAUAUGAUGAGUGUCUUUACGUUCCCUAUUGCUUGCCCCUUCUUCCAGGAAAGGACGGAUUUAGACUCAAAUCGAACGUAUCGAAAAAAACUGUUGGUGGUAAAACCCUUAUAGACCGGUUAAUCGAUAAGAGCGAACAACGAGAUCAUCAUUAUGAAUAUUAUUCCGGAGUUGAAACGGUCGCAGAUAUGAACAAUAAUUUCGAGCUGAGCGAGCCUUCAGCCAUCGAGAAUGACAGGUAUGACGUGGUUCCAACUCCUGAUCACCUACCAAAUCCCACAAAUAGUAACGCGGCCUUGUUUGACCCCGGUGAACCUCAGUUUUUCGCUGAAGAAAACAUCAAACCUGAAAUGGAUGGAAAUUCAACAGGCGAAACUUCCAAACCUGUGAGACCGUCAUCCGAGGAGGUAAAGUCUCUGGAUACUUAUGACGCUAGUAAGCAGCAACAUGCGGAAAUGUUUAUCUUUAGUUACGGAGUUGUUGUCUUCUGGAACUUUACUGAAAUACAGGAAAAGAACGUUUUAGGAGACAUUGCAUUUGCAGAUUUCGACGAUUUGGUAAUCAGACCCUUAGAUGAACAAGACAUUGAGAUGGAGCAGUUUCAUUUUGAGUAUGACAUGGACGUUGAUAGGCCGCGCAUCUUCAAUGAUAUUGUGACGUUACGGUCCGGCGAUCACAUCACGAAGUUAACUCUAUCACAUUCAAUUGCUCAGUCUACAAAACUUUCAAGAUUUGAGUCUAGAAUAUCUCCUAUCCUAGGAACGGUGUCGAAACUCCCGAAAAGGCUUGCGCUAUAUGGCUCCUUGGGUCUCAAACGUGAGCAGCUUUUGAAGAAGUCUGGCAAACUGUUCAAGCUUCGAGUGGACGUCAAUCUCUCCUCGAGCGUUUUGGAUACUCCAGAAUUUUUUUGGUCGUUCGAACCGAGCUUACAUCCGUUAUACUUGGCAAUGCGGGAAUACCUAGAAAUCGAUCAAAGGGCACAGGUGCUCAACGAUCGGUGCAAGGUCUUUUUGGAGUUUUUUGAUAUUUGCGUUGAUUCUGUGGCUGAAAGAAACAUGGCCAGAAUUACGUGGUGGUUUAUCGCUCUUAUUUGUGUCAGUGUUCUAGUUUCCAUCGGUGAAAUUAUUGUUAGAUCAUUUAUUGUUCGCCGCCUCAAACGUCACUAUUAA